CCAAACACUCAAGCGGCCAUCCGUCGAGCUCUUGAAACUCCUCUCUCUCCCUCCCUCCCUCCGUCCCUGCCCUCUCUCUCUCUCUCUCUCUCUCUCUCUCUCAUAAAAAUGGUCUAUGAUCUUUCACAGCUCGAGCUCAGGUAUUUUAUUUCUUGUAAGGAGCAGAAGGUGCUGCCCAGCUAUCCAGUUUUGUUCAGUUUUGUGAAUUUGAAACACCAAGAUUUUCGGAUUCUGGAAAUUUUCAUUGACGAGUUGACAUGUUCCGAUAUUCUUCCGCUAGUGGCUGCAUUUUCUUCAGGUGGCCUUUCAGAUAUUGAUGCAGUUGAUGUAUGUCAAAAAUCAUCCAAUCCAUCACUUACUGGAGAAUGUAUUUUAUCGUUACUUCAUGCUGUUAACCCAAAGCUUCGGGUUGUUGACCUCAUUGACUGGUCACUUUGGAAAGAUAUUCUUCAAGAUAUUUGCCACAGAGGCCUGGCAUGUCAAGUUUUGAAUUUAAGGUUCUCUCCAAUUCGGGAGCUUGAAUUGAAUGGAAAAUUCAUGCAGCUGAACACACUCAACCUGGAUUCUAGUAUUCAUUUAACCAGCUUCCAGAUUAAUUGUUUUAGUUGCAUGCCACAACUAAUGCAUGUGUCUAUGUGCUCAACACGAGUGUCCAACCUUUGGACAACAACUGCCGCAUUACUGAAACUCCCCUCUUUGGUGGAACUCCGGUUCCAGAGCUGUUUGUGUUGUUAUGGUACUGGGCCAUGUCCUAAAUCUGGCGAAUGUUCAAGAAGACCAUACAGGAAAAACCAAUUUGCUCAGCAACAUUCAUACACCUAUGCAAGACAACUCUCUUUGAUCAAUGAGAACUUUUUACUUGAAAAUCUGCAGUAUAUGACAGGACAGACUCCAAGUGAUCUACACUCUGAUGAUGAUUUCUACACAGAUUAUAUUUUUUCUCAAACAAUGGCUGAGGAAUCAUCAGAUGAGGGUGAAUCAGAUUUUUCGAGAAGACAUGGUGUUGGUAAUUGGGAAGAAAGAUUACAUGAUGCCACUCUUUAUUUUCAUGAUUAUACCAGUUUAACACCAUAUGCACACAAUAAUAUGUUAGAUAGUGGUAGUUCUUCAAUACACGCAUCAUACCAGCUUCUGGAGGCGAUCACACAUUCUAGUAGAGGAAUGACAAAUGGUAUUUCAGAGAUUGAUGAGCUUCGAGGUCUGAAUAAUAAUAACAAUCUAACUAGGCAUGCAUCGCUUGAUGAAUUUAUUAGUCAGUUGACCUCCAUCAAUAAUUACUUCACCAGUAAAUUCUCAAAUGAAAAUCAUGAAUGUUCUUCAGUUAACAUGCUUGACUUGAAAGAUACUAUAGGAACCUCAGAAUUUGCUCCAGAAAGGCCAACUUCACAUAAUCCUUCACCCAUUUGCUUUGAGAAGUAUUACCGAGAGUAUAUAUUAUCUUCUCUGGCUCGUCUGAAAGUUUUAGACAAUUUGCCUAUAAAAGAGGCGGAGAGGGAGAAAGCAAACGAAACAAUUAAGAAAUAUUAUGAGCAUAUACCAUAUAACAGACGUUUCAAAGAAAGUGUUCUUAGUAUUUUGCAAAAGCGUGAAGUAGGAACAAGUGGAGCUUCUUAUAAAUAUUCUCAGUCGAAACAGCCAUAUUCUAGAGGAAGUUCUCAUUUGUACACCAGAUCACUAGCUGCUGCAAAAGUAUCAUCUUCUCAGAGGCCUCAUUUCCAUUCAAUUUCCAAGUUUAAAAGUCUAAUUGAAGGAAUUGAGGUUUUCCGCCCACGUCAAUUUGAAUAUCAUCCAGCUAACCCUAGCCUCAUGGCUUUUGGGACACUGAAUGGAGAACUAGUCAUAAUCAAUCACGAAAGUCAGAAACUUGUUGGGUAUCUACCAUCAGUUAGAGCACUUCAUAGUGUUCUUGGGCUCUGUUGGCUCAAAAAAUAUCCAUCCAAGCUCAUUGCUGGCUCUGACAGCGGUUCUUUGCAAUUGUAUGAUGUGAGUAAAAUGGCAUCAACUGUUACCGAUCGAUUUUGCGUUCUGGAUGCUUGUGUGCACACUUUUGAUGAAUUUGAGCAGUUGACAUCAGUUCAUGUAAAUUCCACUGAUGACUAUUUUCUGGCAAGCGGUUUCUCCAAGCAUGUUGCUUUGUAUGACAUAGGCAGUGGAAGGCUGCUUCAGUAUCUUAAAGAUUUGCAUCAAGAGCAUAUUAACGUUGUCAAGUUUUCUCACCAUUCCCCCAUGGUAUUUGCUACUGCAUCCUUUGACCAAAAUGUUAGAAUGUGGGAUCUAAGACAGGGUAUGUCACGACCUUGUUACACAACUUGCAGCUCAAGAGGAAAUGUUAUGGUCUGUUUUUCUCCUGAUGAUCAUUACUUACUAUCUUCAGCCAUCGACAAUGAGGUGAAGCAACUUUUGGCUGUUGAUGGAAGACUUCAUAUGCAAUUUGAUAUUGCUUCCAUUGGAAGUUCUCGAAAUUAUACUAGAUCAUAUUACAUGAAUGGAAGAGACCAUAUUAUAACAGGGAGUUGUGAAGAGAAUGUUGUUCGUGUUUGCUGUGCCCAAACUGGAAGGAGGCUAAGAGAUAUUUCUUUCGAGGGUAACAGUUCUAGAUAUUCUAUGUAUGUGCAAUCUUUAAGAGGUGAUCCAUACAGGCGACGAUGCGUUCUACUUGUAUUUAAACUUUUGAGGAGUUCACUCUCCCUUGAAGUGGCAAUACCAGUGAGCUGCAAUCUAAUGUACUUGAUGGUGCAAAAUACCAUUCAAUUAGUUGAGCUGGCACCGGUAGUUUGCAAGUUAAUGUGAUUUAUUUAUUGCUGUUUUUCUUUCUCUCAUCAAUUUUUUUACAAGUUGUUUCCCUGUUGUGUAGGGGCAUGUGACUGAUUACCAGAGGUUCACAGUUAGAUACAUUUGAUUAUUAGGUGAAAAACUGCAUCUUGAGGUUCAAUGCAUUAGUUGCGUUGGAUUGUCAUAUAUAAUUAUUAGACAAACUACGGUGGCAUGGUUUAGAAUAGGUGACUAAGUCCAUUAUCAUCAAUAUGAUUGCAAUUCCUUUUUUUUUUUGAAAAGAUAUGAUUGCAAUUCCAAGUCGUUGAUCACAAGUUGGUAUCAGUUGGAAUUCUGUAGUCAUUUGGCAUAAAUUUUCUGGGGUGGAGGUUUGCAGUCUCAGACUGUCAAGAGUUCUUGUAUAUGACCGAGAUCAGCAGGUUCACUUCAAUAUUGUUUUGUGGGACCAUUAAAAUACGUAGAGCUAUAGUGUUCUUAUAAUUUAUGUAUGAAGAAGCUCCAUAUUUUUUUAGCGGAAUGGUAGAAGUGGCGAUAACCAUACGAUGUGAUGGUUUUCAAUAUCACAACCAUAUAUUGAAAACUAAAACUAAUUGCUUGUAUUCUUGUGUUGUGAUGAGUCACCUUGCUCUUGUUUAUUUUUUUAAUCUCAUCGUUACUCUUUAAUUUCUUGCUUACUUCCUAAUUAUCAAGAAAUAUUCCCUUUUUGUGGUCGAUGAAUAAAACUUUUCUUCACCAAGUAAAUGUUAUAUGUACAUUACAACAACUCAGGCAUUCCCGAGCGAUUACGUUUACCUUCUUUAUGUAUGUGUAUAAACACAAGAAUAGACACCACUAUGCCAUCUUAAAUAUUUGAUCCACCCAGUAUAUUGCUGCCUGCUGAGGGAUUUGGAAAUAGAUGAAGUAGAGACCUUAAUUCUCUUUAUCAGCCAUCACAACUAGCUGCAGCAUUCGUGUGUACUGUAGCAUUUCUUUCAAACCAUAGCCCACACAGUGUUGCAGCAACAAUUAUUCUCUUAACAGCUGCUCUGUAAUUCUUCUUCUAUUGAUUAAUAUAGUGCAUUAUUGUAUUCCACGCACAGCUUCUCAUCUUAAACCCAGACAAUAUCAUGAUUUGAUUCCUCACCUCAGCUGUGAACACACUCUCAAAGAGCAAGUGUUGCUGAGUCUAAACAGAAAUACAACAUCAGCAGCAUGAAUUAUCAGUCAACAUCCCUAUCUUAUAUAAUCUUUCUUUAGUUAAUAACCUGUCAUGAGAAAUUAAUCAAAGACUGAUGCCAACACACCAUCUAAAAGGAAUGAUAUCCUGAUUAGCUCUAGAUAUAAUGAACUUCUCACCUGUGCUCCGUUGUUGUGUUUUCCUCAUUAACUCAGUACUAGUACCAAUUACAACAUCUCUAGCAUGCAAAAUUUGCUUUCAACCCCAUGAAUCAAUGGUUCUAUUUUGAACUACCCGAAUAUUCACCCUUCUUAGAUAGGGGCCAUGCACCCCACCCACAUUAUCCGUAGCAUUUCUUUAUUUAAACAAAUAGCCAUAUCAUUUUGGAAGCUGCUGCUAAAAUCCAGUAAUAAGCAGAAAAUACACCAAGGCCACCAUGCUGUUUGUCGUUACAUAGUUGCAUCAUGAUUGCUUCCCCGAAGAGAUCUCCUACAAACCUCGUCAACUUAGGAACUUUUCUUGGUAGAAGCAAGUUACUAGACCAAUAUACCAAACAAUACAGUUUUAAUUAAUUGGAGUCUCCUUGCAUGAGAAAGUUUUCUACUUUGCCUUCACUGAAUCUGCAUGGUGAUCUUUGAAUGAGGGCAUCACAAUCACUGUAUGAAAGCCUAUUACUGACCCAAGAUACUUAAAAUAUGUAGAUAAUCCUCUGUAUAGCAAUGAGUCUGACAUAUGAGCUCUCUAUUCUCCUUAUUACCCGCACCAAAAUAUAUAACACACUUUGUAGGAUUGGCAUUGUUGAAUCUGCAUAGUGAUCUUUGAAAUAUUCCCUUUU